AUGCGGAUUCAAUCAUCGGCUUCCAUUUUUCUAUUGAUUUCUUGUGUUUAUUCGCGUUCGGCUCCCGACGAUCCGUUCAAGACCAAAUUCGAGCCCGACAUUGAUAACGACGAGGAUAUCUCGAUCGAGGAUUCGAAUGAGAUGCAGACGACGAUGGCGCCGAAGAAGCCGGUCACCCUAGCGCCGCCGGUUCGCCAAAACCUCCUCUACACCAUCUUCCCGACGCUGCAGAAGGAGAAGGACUGGAGGAAGUACUGUCCGGCGAAUCAGUACACGUUUCAGGUGACGUGUUUGCCGGGCAAGAAGUUGCGCUACGACCUGCAGCUGUUCUGUCAGCAGUUCGCCGACACGUGCGGUGUGCCGAACGUGAAUUUGUUUCCGAGCCGCUUCGCGAAUCCCGCCGACGAGGGCCGACCGAGCGGCUACGGGCAGAAGCAGAAGAACGGCAAUUUCGGCAUCGGUCGGAGUUGGGCGAUGGGUCUCGGCGCGAUACCGGGAUUCGAGGUGCGCACGAGCCAGGGUGCCGAUAUUGGCGACGAGAAGUUGCCAUUCUUCAAUCAGGUAUGCAUCGGCGGAAUGAUGUUCAACACCGGCGCCGAAGUCGGUGUGCUCGGAAAACGCACCGGCAAAGGGCCGGCGCGUUCGAUGAACGCGUUGGCUCGCGGUUAUCCGAGCUUCGGAUUGGGCGGCGGUCCGACGCGCGGCGACACGCAAUUCGGUCAGGAGGUGGCGAAGGCGCUCGGCGUUCCGAGUUUGCCGGGCCUCAACAACGUGUUCAACAAGUUGGCGAAGAACACGAAGAACAAAAAGAUCACCGGCUAUGAGCCCGGCUACGGCGCCGUCAAUCCGCACGGACCGUUCGCCAUCGGCAAGACCGACGUCGACGAUCUCAAUCUUCCCGGCGGCUUCGGAACCGUCGAACUCAUACGCGGUAGUGGAAUGGGAAUUGGAAAGAAGUGA